CCGCGUUUCCUUUCCCCUUUUCCUACGUGUCUCGGCCCCGGAGCCGGCGCGAUCGGGCUGCUACCGCCGCUCUGUCUGCCCCGCUGCUCGGUCCGACCUCCCCAACAUGGCCGCCCGCUGUAGCCGCUCCCCAAUAUGGCGGCGCGGGGCGGGCGGUCGGUGCCCGAAGCGGUGAUGGCGGCCGAGCGGCCGCGCAGCCUGUUCGCGCUGAGCGCGGCCGCCGUGAGCCGCAGCAUGGCCGCCCUGGAGCGGGACGUCUGGGCGCUGCCCGGGCACCUCCUGCGGGGGCUCCUGCCUCUCCUCACCAUCUUCCAUCUCGAGCGGGCCGAGGACGCCGCGCGGAGAGCAGGCCUCUCGACACAGCCCAUCUGGCGCAAGCUGUGGGACGAUGUGAUGAAAACCAGGCCGCCCAACUCGGAGAGCAUAACAUGUUGGAGGAAGAAGUUCCUUGAAACAUUCUUCUCCAAUGUCCUCCAUGGUGUCUUGGACGUGUCCUCUGACUGGCGCCUCCAUGACCGUCACUUUUCGCCGCUGCUGCACAGCUCCCCGCACGUUUCCCAGCUCACCCUCUGCAACAUGCUCCAGGGGGCCGUGGAGCUCACUGCUGAGCACAACCACAAAGUGCUGGAAAACCUGGCUGGCUCCCUGCGGGUCCUGAAGUUCCAGCACCUCCUCUCCUGUGACCAGUCCAUCAGGCGCUCGCUGGUUUUGCUCCUUCACCGGCUGAUCCACCACGGCUCUGUCAGCCAGGUGUCCAUGUGCUCCUGGCCUGUUCCCGACACGGUUCUUCUCGUUCUCAUCCUGACCAUGAGUGCUGGGUUUUGGCGCUCAGGAAAUGCCUUCACCUAUCACGGCAGCCCGUGUGGCCUUUGCAGAGAGGAGGACAAAGCCCAAAGCCAAGAGUCAGCACAGGGGGGAGCAGAGAGGGGCUGUAAUACUGAGCCGGAGGGGAGCAGUGCUGAGAACCAGAGGAGAUCCCCAAAAGAGGCUGAUGCUUGCAUGGCCUCUGUCCUCUCUGGCCCCAGAAGUCCUCCCCUGCAAAACCCAGCACGUGAAGAGACAAGCAGCGAGGUGCCCUGUGGCCACACCAGCAUUCAGGGGGAUUCUUCCCCUCGUUCUAGCUCAGAGCAGCUGUCCUGUCACCCCAUUCCUCGAAAGACACGCAGAUGGCAGAAACCUGCAGUGGGGAGGAAACGUCGCUGUCUCAGACGGAGCAGGGGACACUAUGCUGACCCAGAAGAUCUCUAUGAUUUUGUUUUUACUGUUGCUAGAGAGGAUAAUUCAGGGUUACUGGAAAAAACCAGGACCACAGAGGGAGAGAGCACUGAGAACUGGACUAGUUCCUCCCCGGGAUCUCCAUGCACUGGCCAUGCUGGCUGUAAGAAAAGAGGAGGACCUGCUGGAACCCUUUCUCUGAAAGCUGCUCACCGCUUCCGAAGUGUCUCCACACUGGAAUUGUUCUCCAUUCCUUUGACUGGGGAGACGUGUCGGACUCUGAGUAACCUGCUGAGCUCCUGGGUGUCUUUAGAAAACCUGGUUCUGUCCUACAAUGGCCUGAAUGCCAACAUCUCCUGCAUCCUCUCUGGGCUCCGGGCCCUGUCGCGCCACCCAGAGUGCUGCUUCCGCGUGCUCCGCGUGAGCGACAUGUUCUCCCACAUGCCGUGCAUGGAGCUGGUCCGCUGCAUCCUGAGCGCCCUUCCCCAGCUCCACACGCUCUCGGUCAGCUUCGACCUCAAAAACCAGCUGGAGGGCAGCAGGCCAGAGGCCAGUCCAAGCUGCAGCGAGGCAGAAAUCCCAGAAAGCUGCCUGGAGGUGCUGGAGAUCCGAUUCCCCAGGGAACCUCUGCACACUGCGUUCCUGCUGCCGGUGCUCAAGGCGUCCAAGUCCCUCCAGCAGCUGUCCCUUGACAGUGCCACACUGCCCUGCCCCCAGGAGCUCGGGCUCCUUUUGGAGGUGCUCAAAGAGUGUACUCCAAAUUUGAAGAAACUGAGCUUUCAUGAUGUGAACCUGGCUGAGCACCAGAAAGAAGUUCUGCUUCUGCUUCAGGAUCCUGGCCUACAAGAAAUCACCUUCUCCUUCUGCCGGCUGUUUGAAAGCUCUACUGCUGAGUUUUUGUCAGAAAUAAUCAAUGCAGUGAAAAGAAAUUCAUCACUCAAGAGCCUCAAGCUGCCCGGGAACCGCCUUGGGAAUCACAGGCUGGUUGCCCUUGCAGAUAUUUUCUCUGAAGAUUCCUCCUCUUCUCUCUGCCAGCUAGAUGUCAGCUCAAAUUGCAUCAAACCUGAUGGGCUCCUGGAGUUCACAAAGAAGCUGGAAGGCCACAUCCAGCAGAGAGGGGGACAGCUUCCAUUCACACACCUCCGCCUCUUCCAGAACUGGCUGGACCAGGAUGCAGCGACAGCGCAGGAGGCGCUGCGGCGUCUCAAAGCCCUGUGCAGUGUAGUCAACGACACGUGGGACUCCUCUCAGGCCUUUGCUGACUACAUCAGUGUCAUGUGAG